UUACUGGCACAUACUUCACUGCUUCAGAGAACAUCGAACAGAGAACAGAGAACAAAGGAAAACAACAAGCAAAAGAAGGAACUACUCUAUGGCUGAAAAGUCACAACCAGUCUCUCAGACAAUGUUUCCCAUUGACUGGCAAAGCAUGCCAUCAAAACUUACAAAGGAAUUCCCAGAGAAGGCAACAGCUGCACAUUCUAUGCCUUGGAAUAAGCCGAAUCUCAGUAAUAAUAAGUCUGACCUGGUGCAAAUUCAAAGCCUUGGGGAAUGUUUUCAGUUGCUUACAGACAUGGCCAAGGAGCUAGACGACAUCAGCAAGGAGAGAAAUAAAAGCACACUGCAAAGAUACAAGCAAGUUUCAGGAGAAGACUCUGUGCCGGUUGAUGUAGAGAGCAGCAAAAAUCUCAUUUUGUCAUGGGCCAAAGAACUGGACAUGCUCAAUAUGUCAAGAGGAGUGACAAAGAAAGCAUUUAUGAAAACAGAGACUACAGAAAUGAACAAAAUAGAUGUGUGUGAUAUUUCAAAAGACAGUGAAAGAAUCAUGAAUUGGGCACAAGAGUUACAGGCUGUCACAGAGAACUUAUGUCUGACAGAUGGAGAGCUAAAGCAUAUUCUGACUAACCACAGAAAAAAGCACAGAAAGCUAGAUGAAGUUCUUCCCUUUCUGGAGUUUGUGGUGUGGUCUCUUCUCUCAAAUGACACUGAGGAGGAUGUUUCAAAAAUGUGGUUGGCAGCUAAGCAGAGAACAUGGAAAACAAGCAGCCAGAAAUAUAUUCCGAAUUCAGUUUGGCAGUGGAUUCAGAGUGCUACAGUUGAUGUGCAUCUAGACUCCAGUUCAUGCUUCCCCUGGCUGUAUGUGUCAGAAGACAAACUUGAAGUGUAUGAACUGCAAGAGCCCCCUCAACUACAGCAGUGGGAAAACUCUCAAAAAUUUGAUAAGCAGCCCUUUGUCCUAGGGCUCAACAGAUUGUCCAUUGGAAGACACUACUGGGAGGUGAAGGUGCCAGCAAAAGGAAAAUGGAGGUUAGGGGUAGCAGCUGCAUCUGCUCAAAGAAAAGGCCGUUUCCACAUUGUUCCAGAAACAGGGUACUGGACUAUAUGUAACAGGCCUAAGAGUAUCCGGGUAUGCACUGAUCCCCAUAUCGAUCUACCAAAUUCUGUACCACUUCAGGUGGUUGGGGUUUAUGUGGACUAUGAAGAAGGACAAGUGUCCUUCUACAAUGCUAAAAGCAGGUUCCAUAUCUACACGUUUUCAGAAACUUUUAGAGAAGUGCUUUUCCCUGUUUUUGCUUGUCUGGAUGGAAACACUGUGCUAAAAAUCUGUACUUCAUAAAUGUCUGUAUUUGAUGAAAAGCAAGAACCGAUUUAAGAAUACCGUCCAAGAAUUGUGCACUUGCGAUUGCAUUGUGAAUAACAUCCAAGGGUUCAAUGUGAUGAAAGAAAUGACUCAAAUGUAAGUUGGACAGUUAUAUCAGUCUGAUUUGACAAGAGAGUAUAAAAAAGUAAGGAACUAAUUAUAUGGACGCAAUUUUUAAGUGGAACAGAACUUAUAGCACUUAUGGUGAUUAGCUAAACCUGCUAAUUAUUAUUAUUAUUAUUAUUAUCACCAUCUAAAGUAAUUGUCAGACUAGGAUGUUAAUCACUAAUUAUAAUUAAUUAGUUUACUUCAGUAUGCUAAUCAAAUUUGUCUAUUACUUGUAUGAUGUUAUUCUGUUUACACAGUAGUAUAUGCAGUUAUUUAGAUCAAAUAUAUGGUUGCAAAAUAUAUAGGUGGUAAGAUGUUGAGUCAGAGUACUAAAUGAUCUAAUGUAUUGAUAUGAUGUAUUUGUUACAUAAGAUGACCUGAUUCCUUAAUUGUGUGCAUGUGUAUUUGUAUAUGUUAACACCUAAAGGUGACAGGAAAUUCAUCCUUCCUACAAUUUCCUUUCUUUUCUCUUUUCCUUAUUUCCUUUAAACAUUUUUGUAUUGAGUUUUGCAAAUAAAUAUGAUAAAUGAGA